ACGAUUGCUCCGUUUAACGACAGUUGAAACCGAUCACCAACGGAGAAGUUGACACCUGACGAUACCAGGAGUUUCGCGCACCCGUCAGCGAACGACACGUCGAAACGGAAGGUAACCUGUUCCGUCAGAACCAGACUGGCGAAUAUCUGAAGCUCUACGCUCUUGUGAUGGUUGGAAAAGUACAUCGUCUUCGCCGUUGGAGUCAGUAUGUUGUUCGAUAUGAGCCGCUUUGUGUCGUUUGCGUUCCAAGUCCAGUUUGCUGUCACCGUUUCGUUUCAUGGCAAUGGGUUCGACCCACAACGGCGGUGGAUGGCAAGCCUGCGACGCGUCGCGACGCGCUUGUCAGGAACGCGCGACCGACGAUCGAGAUCUAAUCUAAUCACCCUCGUAAUGCACUGUGGCAUUGUUUACCGUUCCUGCAGCCUCUUGCAGCUAUUUCCUGAACCACUACUACCACCAUGUCAGAAGUACCGCUACCCAUUUUGUUUCACCGUGCUUUGCAAACAGCAUCGAAAGCCGCUAACUUGCCAACAAUCGAGGACGAGACCCAGGAGCUCAUUCAAUCGGCCGUGGAUGACCUACUCACUGUUCGCUCCCAUAUCACUGAUUUGUCGCUAUUCAGUCCAAACGAAUCCAUUGGAGACAUUGCUACUAAAGAUCUUGUCUAUCUUUCUGUCCCUUUCGCAAUCGCGCAGGUACAGAAACGCGCAAGAAUCAUCGAUCGAGAGGAACGCAUUGAUCACGCUCUACGUGUUUUGUCCUAUUUCAGGUCGUUCCUCUCGAUAUUGGAGACCUAUGACAUCGUUCCCGAAGCGGAGAAGAGUCUGUAUGAACGCCGUGCUUCUUCAGUCAAUGAUCCCGCAAAACGGAGAGAACUCAGGAUCAAACAAUUUCAAAAGGAGAAAGAGCUCAAAGCGAGGAUAGAAAGUCUUCGCAAACGUCGGAAACAGGGCCCAUCGGACACGGAGCCCUCCUCGGAAUUUGAACUCAUUGCGUCUCUACUUCCACCACCGUCAUCUGAGAAAUCUGCUUCUGGCGAAGAGGAAGAUCCCGAAACUGAAGACAUCUUGCGCGAAGUUACUCUCGUGCUAUUGCGCCUUUUCUACGCUCAGACGCAUGGAGAAGUAGACAGUUUACAGCAAGAACUUGAACUACUGAAGAGUGCUCCGCCGACACCGCCUAAGCUUCCUAUUGAUGAUUCUAGGCAAGGGAAGACAAAGGAGCAGGAUGAAAUGUGGAGAUUAGAUGCCCCUCCACUUAUCGGAGGUCCAGGUGGCAGAGGACCUCUACUAGAUCCAAGCGGCAAGCCACUGAGGCCGUUCACCAUCCUACCUUCCAGUGCUGCAGAUCGAGCUCGUCUUCAAGCACAAGUAUUCCAGCCUGAUCACAGACUUCCGACAAUGACCGUUGAUGAGUACCUCGAGAUCGAGGGACAACGAGGGAACAUAAUCACCGGUGGAGGACCACAAUCUGAAUCUAAACCAACGACAUCGGAACAAUUGCAGCUUGAUUCCGAGAUGGAGGGGACAGCCUUCAGCGAACAGAAGACUGAAGAGAAACGGCAGAAGGAUGAGAAAUGGGCACAGUACACCGAUACACACCCCAGGGGUGCUGGAAACAUUAUGAAUCGAGGUUGAAGGUCGACUAGUAGUGUAUGUACGAUAUCGUGAAGUUCCACAAUGAUGUACAAUAUGGUUUUGAAUUUCUUCAGACGACUCUACGUUGAGCGAUAACCAACACGAAACAAUUUUACAAACUUUUAUCCAAACUUACGCAUGCACUGAUUACUCUCAUUUCACGAGAGGAUCUUCUCCGUCGAACAAGAAGGUCCAUAGUGCAUCCUUACUCCGGAAGUCAUGAUGUACGAUGCUCACCAACCACCUCUUCGUCCG